AUGCCAAACAGAUGGCGAACCCCCUUGUCAACGCUGUCAGCGGAACAAUAUCGAGUAGCCCAUGACCACAGUCAUUCAUCUACUAUCUCGUCAUCAAUUGACGAUACAGCAGUUGCGGGAUCGGAGGAGCCACUUGGAAACAGCGGUUCCGGCGCAGCCUUCACGCAACAUGAAGCCUUGGGCACUCCUGUGCUAGCGGGAUUGCAUCCACAUCGCCCGUCGACUCAAUUGUCACAAAGCUUAGAUCAGAUUCAAAACCAUACCGCACAGUUACUUGGUGGCUCUUCUGAAUCUGAUCCAUGGCUAUUGCGGCAUUGCCGCUUUGACGAACUCGGCCUCCGGUCAUUCCACAAGGUUCAUUACCGCCAUGCUGGCGGAGUCCCAACCAGAGACAAAAUACCUGUACACUUCUUGUUGAGUGAUGAUGAGCUAUGCGAGGGUGCAGCAGCUGAAACCCGGGUCAAUGAUGAAAGAGAGCUGCGAGCCGAGCUGGAUGUCUUGGUUCCGUCGGUAUAUGGCGCAAGAUUGGUUCGAUUAUUUCACAGGCAUGUUUUCCCAGUUUUGCCCAUCAUCUCACGAUCUCAAUUCGGGCUUUCGUCAGUUGAUUCGGUCCCUGACCGUACGAUACUAGAGGCCGCCUCGACCCCGUUACUGGCAGCCAUCUACGGCUCAGCUCUGCCAUUCGCCAUGAAUGACGAUCAGCUUGCCGUCAUGCAUGGCUAUCAGUGUCCUCCGUUGGAUAAAAUAUGGCGCAUCGUCUUUAAGGCUAUUCAGGAGGGCUUUCACCGGCCACAGCUGUCCACAUUGCAGUCUGCUCUACUCUACCUUCACAAAACCAACCUAGAUCGAUGUCGUUCUGCCUCCUCUGACACUCCAUUCGUAUGGUCAUUUGUGGGAUCUAUUAUCGGCCUCACGCAUAGUUUAGGGCUACACCUUGAAUGCCGUAUGUUUGGUAUCCCCGCCUGGGAAAAAAGGCUUCGUCGAAGACUUUGGUGGGCCGUUCUUAUAGAAGAUCGAUGGAUGUCUUUGCUCUUGGGACGGCCCCCAUAUAUUCGGCGGAAUGAAUGGGACACUGGUGAGCUUGAUGAUGCGGAUUUUGAUCUCCAUCAUACACAGUAUGCCGAGACGCUCGGUACCGGCCCGUUUAUAGCAUUUCGAGACAUGGCACGCCUAGCCCUUGUUGCAGGUUCGAUUCAAGACUCGCUCUACUCUCUUCACGCUUGUCAGAGACUUUCUGAAGACUUACAGUCUUCAAUUCAAGCUGCAAAGCCAUUAUUCGACCAGCUCAAUGCUUGGCGAGCUUCAAUACCAGUUACAGAACCAUUCAAAGCCAGUCGCUCCAAUGCUCACCACCCUCAUUCCACACAGUACCCUAUAACGAUAUAUUUUGCCUAUCUGACGCUGGUAGUAUACGUGUGGCGAGCGCUUCUGAGACCUACGGUUCGAUCUUUGCCUCCUCCGCAAAUUAUUGAUGUGGACCAACCACUUCAAGAGACACAGUCGCUGCAAGACCCGGCAUUUUUGUUCGAAGACCUCAGCUGGGACUUCUCAGAGUUGCCAGAGAUAGAGCUCCAUCUUGAGGAAGACGUCACAGACGCCAGUGCCACGGUCAAAGAGCUUCAUCAGGCAGCGCAGAGCUGUGCUGGUAACUUGGUAAACUUUACAUGGCAACUGACUUCGAGUGAUUUUGGCGAGUUUUGGUAUUCGUGGAGUCGUAUAGGUUUCGCUGUUGUAUCCAACUUUCUCAUGGCGCUAUUGGUACAGGCUCCCAGCUCAGAAAAUGCAUUAAAAGCCAAGCAAAUGCUGGAACACUGGCGUCGAGUGGUUCGAGACCAAGGUACUGCAUCGCCUUUACUAACAUUGGCAAUGACCCGCCUCAAUGCUUUUUACUGGGCCGGGCUCACGGAGACAUUUUGCCUUCCUCAGCACGUGCUAGAUGUUUUGCAGUAA